AUGGCUACCGCUCGCAUCACCCCCGUCCGCCGUCAAUACCUGACCAUUAAGCAUUCCUACCAGGACGCCGUGCUGCUGUUCCGGAUGGGAGAUUUCUACGAGUCUUUUGACGACGACGCCCGCACCCUGUCCGAAGCGCUGGAAAUCGUCCUCACCUCCCGCACCAUGGGCAAGGACACCCGCGUCCCCAUGGCCGGCGUCCCCGCCGUGUCGCUGGAAGCCAACCUCGCCCGCCUGAUUCGCAAGGGACACAAGGUUGCCAUCUGCGAGCAGCUCAGCGACCCGGCCCUCUCCAAGGGUCUGGUAGAGCGCGGCGUAGUCCGGGUCGUAACCCCCGGCACCGUCCUCGAAUCCACCCUCCUCGACAACAACGCCAACAACUACCUCGCCGCCGUCUGCGCCGACGACACCAAGGCCGGCCUGGCCUACGUGGACGUAACUACCGGCGAGUUCAUCGCCGCCCAGGUCCCCAUCGACCGCCUCCCUCUGGAAAUCGCCCGUAUCCAGCCCUCCGAAGUGUUGGUCCCCGCCAACCAAUACUCACCCGGUGACGACGCGCCCCACUUGAUUACCGCCGGCAACCCAAACCUGAUCACCACCCCGGUGGACGCCGCUGCCUUCAACCCCGACGUUGCCCAACGCAGCCUCCUCGACUAUUACGGCGUUGCCACCCUGGAAGCCUACGGCGUCGAAUCCAUGCCCCUCGCCAUCCGAGCCGCCGGCGCCAUCGUCGAUUACCUCCAUUACGCGUACAAGGGCGAGCAGCCCCGACUCAACCCUCUGUCCACCUACAACACGGCGUCGCACAUGACCCUCGACCCCCAGACUCGGCGCAACCUGGAACUGUACGAGGCCGGCCGCUGGGACUCCACCGAUUGGUCGCUCCUCUCCGCCCUGGACAACACCCGCACCCCGCUGGGCGCGCGACUGCUCCGCCGUUGGGUGGGUCAACCCCUUUUGGACCUGGAACGCCUCCAGCGCCGGCAGGAUGGCGUGCAGUUCUUUUACGACGACGCCUUCCGCCGCAACGACGCCACCAGCGCCCUCGCCGACAUCUCCGACAUCGAACGCAUCCUGAGCCGAAUCCAGACCCAAACCGCCCCGCCGCGGGAUCUGCUGGCGCUGCAUCGUAGCCUCGCCGCCACCCGGAAACUGGCUCAGGUUCUGACCGCACCCGACGUCCCUGCCGUGUCCUCGCUGUCAUCCGAGUUGCGUCCCAUGCCCGAAGUCGAAGCCCUCAUCGAACAGGCCAUCGCCCCGGAACCCUCCGGCCAAAUCGGUGAGGGCAACGUGAUCCGCGAAGGUUUCUCACCCGAACUGGAUCGCAUCCGCACCCUCGCCCGCGACGCCCGCAGCUUCAUCGCCAGCAUGGAAACCCGCGAGCGCGAACGCACCGGCAUCCGCAACCUGCGCGUCGGCUACAACCAGGUUUUCGGCUACUACAUCGAAAUCACCCGCUCCAACCUGACCGCCGUGCCCGACGAUUACCAACGCCGCCAAACGCUCACCAACGGCGAGCGGUAUAUCACCCCCGAACUCAAGGAGUAUGAGAGCCAGGUCCUCGAUGCACGCGAACGGCUGGACGAUCUGGAACGUACCCUCUACCGCCAGGUCUGCCGGCAAAUCGCCGACAACGGGCCGGCCAUCUCACGCCUCGCCAAUGCCAUCGCCCGCACCGAUGUCUUCGUCAGUCUGGCCAGCAUCGCCGUCCGGCACGGCUACGUCCGCCCGACCCUCAGCGACGGCCACGCCAUCCGCAUCACCGAUGGCCGCCACCCGGUGGUGGAACGCGUCCUGGACACCGGCGCCUUCGUCCCCAAUGACGCGGCUCUCGACUCCGACGACGCCCAGAUUAUGGUAAUCACCGGCCCCAACAUGGCCGGCAAAUCCACCUAUAUCCGGCAGAUUGCCCUCAUCGUCCUCAUGGCCCAGCUGGGCAGCUCCGUCCCGGCAGCCUCCGCCGAAAUCGGCCUCGUCGACCGCAUCUUCACCCGCGUCGGCCUGCAGGACGACCUCGCCACCGGGCAGUCAACCUUUAUGGUCGAGAUGGUCGAAACCGCCGCCAUCCUCAAUCAGGCUACCCACCGCUCGCUGGUCAUCCUCGAUGAAAUCGGGCGCGGCACCAGCACCUACGACGGCCUGUCCAUCGCCCACGCCGUGGUCGAACACCUGCACAACAACCCGCGCCUCGGCUGCAAAACCCUCUUCGCCACCCACUACCAUGAGCUGACCGACCUGGCCGCCACGCUACCCGGCGUUCGCAACUAUCGCGUGGCCGUAUCCGAGGAUGACGGGCAGGUCGCCUUCCUGCGUCGCAUCGUCCCCGGCGGCGCCGACCGUUCCUACGGCGUCCACGUCGCCAACCUGGCGGGUAUGCCCAAAGCCGUCGUCAAUCGCGCUCAGGAACUGCUGGCCGCCCUGGAAUUGCGACCGGCGUCCCCGCUGGCCAAUAUCCCCCCCCCUGCAGGGCGCUCCCGCCGUAAUGCCCUGAAAAAACCCGCUCUCCCAGCCCAC